GUUUUUGAUUAUAUAGUUAAUUAUAUAUAAAAUUCAUUAAGGGUUUCAAAUUUUAUAAUUAAAAAUAUGUUUUAAGAUAACAACAAAAUAGAUAAGAGUUAUCUUUUUAAAAAUUAAUAAUAAUAUUAUUUAUAGAAAUUCGUUUUUGAUUAUAUAGUUAGUUAUAUAUAAAUUCAUUAAGAGUAGUAUAGAUAUUAACCGCUCUAACUUUUAAUGUGAGAGCUCUAUUGCUAAAAUAUCUUUUAGUUGAUUAAUAUUUAAUUAUGAAUUGUUUAUAUGUUAUUUUCCUAACUUUUAUAAUUGAAAAAAAAAAUUAAGAUAACAACACAAUAUAUAAGAAUUAUCUUAUUUUAAAAAAAUCUAAUAUUAUAAAUAAAAUUUUGUUUUUAAUUAUGUAAUUAAUUAUAUAUAAAAUUCAUUAAGGGUUUUAAAUUUUAUAAUUAAAAAUAUGUUUUAAGAUAACAACAAAAUAUAUAAUAAUUAUCUUUUUAAAAAUUAAUAAUAAUAUUAUUAAUAGAAAUUCGUUUUUGAUUAUAUAGUUAAUUAUAUAUAAAUUUAUUAAGGGUAAUAUAGACAUUAACCGCUCUAACUUUUAAUGUGAGGGUUCUAUUGCUAAAAUUUAGUUCGCAAAUAAUAGUAUAGAUAGAUUAUGUCGAGGUAGUUAUAGCCUACAACUUAUUUGGUAACAAAAAAAAAGUAUAAAACUCCUGACGUUUUGUGGAUAGUGAGAGUUGAAUACGAUAGGACUAAUCUCAAAAUUCAUUUAAAUAAAUUAGGCUAAUUAAUAAAGUAGUUUAUCCUUAUUGGUUCAACCUCCCUAUCUUCUUCAAGAGGAGAGCUCUUCUGUUAGUUGUCUCAUUUCACACGUUACCCUCUUACUGAUCCCUGUGGAUAUCUUCUUCGUGUAAACUUUCCUAAUAACCAAAUAUCUCAACUAUAACAAUCCUUAAGGCCUUGAUUCUUCAAUAAUCGUUAAAUAAGGAUCGGAUGGAUAUAUACAUAUGAAAUUAAAAUUUACCUAAUUCUGGUCAACAAACUCAAUGGAACCUCAACUAUACUCCAACGAACCCAAUCCCAAUCAUCUACUGAAACUCAUUGAUUAAUUAGCUCAUUUUAAUCACGAAUGUUAAUCCAUUAAUAGCGUGCGCAUACUUUUCUUUUGUUGUUGAUCAACUUUAUGUAGACAUGUCAAUUCACUAAUUUAUACCUUUUGGGACUUCAUCAUUCAGUUAACACAUACAAAAUUAUUAUAAUUUUCUGAUCUUUUAAAGUCUUAACUCAUAAUCUAUAUUCUAAUCGUUUUUUGCCAUCCAGUUAGCGCGAUGUUUAACAUUGAUCAUAUAUCGUCUAUGCGAUUCGAUGUUGAAACAUUAAUUUUGACUUCCCAACUUUAAAAGCUAACCAAAAGUUAGCUUAAAAGACUUUUAAAAGCUAAUGUACAUAACAAUUAUGACUUAAAAAUAAUUAAAAACGUAGUUAAGAUCUAUACUAAAUUUUUUAUAUUUUAAAAAAUCUAAGGGUUAAUCCUGCAUGUGGAUGUGGUGGGUGACGAAAGAGGCGGAAAGUUCUUUAAAGACCCGGGUUGAAACCUCACACUCAAAUUACCAUAUGUGUGGUCAGACGAUAUGAAUAUCUAAUUUUUCUUACAAACAACCAGAUUUGUAUGGCGUGGCAUCGGAAAACAAGUUCUCAGAGAUUAGUCGGUUGGAUCUUAAUCUGCCGGAUUCAAGGGUUGACUCUACAUAUGUAUGAAAAAUAUUACGGGAUAUGAAUAUGAUUCUCAAAUACAAUACAUGUGUCACAAACAUGGAUGGUUUAACAUUGUUAGGGGUCUUAGGACAAUUUAUUUUUUACCCUUCAAAUUUAUUUUUUCUUCAAUAUUUUAAAUAUAUUUUUCUCUUAAAUUUUUUAACAGUAAUAUUUUGUGAUGUAAAGAGACCUAUAUAGAUUUAAAAUAUUUUUGGCCCCCUUAUUAAUUUUAUUUAUUAAUUUUUUAAAAUAUAUCAUUUAUGAAAAAAAAUUGAACCCCUUAACUACUAAUAUACGAGGGCACACGGGUUUGAGUUCGGGACGGUCGCAUGGAUUGUCUCCGUAGUUACCCGACACUGGUCACAAAUAGCAUGGAUGUAUAUCUAAAGUUAAUUAAUUUGUGGUACAUAUUAAAUCAAUGUAACGGGGUAUUCAUUGUCCUAUUAGAACAAGGAAUCAAUGAACUUAAAAUCUAGUUAAUUCCUAAACCGGACAGGAUUCAGUUGACCUGACCAACCAACUUCCAAGUAGUAAGACCAAAUUGCACCCUUACGUCAGAAUCUAUAUAACUCUUUCCCACUUUUAUGUCUCUCUUUCACCUUUCUUCUAAAUCGAUCUUACCUCUACCUCCAUAUAACUUCUUAUUUAAAUCAACUUUUAAAUAGAUUCAGAAUCUUUAUAUCUCACGCAGACAAUACCUCUCCGUGGGUUUCGUUAGAACCCAUGUCUCAGAAUCCAAUCCACAGAAACAUAGCACUCUUUGUUGUGUUAAUCACGUUCUGUUUCUUGUUCUGUUCUGCCAGAAACUUACCGGAGGUAUCCACAGCUAAAGCAACUCAAACAAUAAACGUCAGCAACGCCACGUGGCAUAAUUUCGCACGUCUUGUGGAUGUCCAGGUAGGCAGCCACGUCAGCGGCGUAUCAGAACUCAAAAGAUACCUCCACCGUUUCGGCUACGUAACAGAAGACGCGACGGACUUCUCCGACGUGUUCGAUGGUCAUCUUGAAUCCGCGAUAUCUCUGUACCAACAAAACCUCGGUUUACCGAUAACCGGAAGACUCGACACGAGUACCGUCACUCUCAUGUCGUCACCGCGUUGCGGCGUUAGCGAUACACACAUGAUCGACACCGGCGUGUACACAACGGCGCGUUAUACGUAUUUCGGCGGUAAGCCUAAGUGGAACCGCGACACGCUAACAUACGCCUUCUCGGAAAUACACAAACUCGAUUACUUGAACUCCGACGACGUUAAAAAAGCUUUCCGACGAUCUUUUGGUCGGUGGGCGAGCGUGAUUCCGGUGACUUUUGAGGAGACUGAUGAUUACUCCUCGGCGGAUUUAAAGAUCGGAUUUUUCUCCGGCGAUCACGGUGACGGGCAGCCGUUUGACGGUGUUCUCGGAACCUUAGCUCACGCCUUUGCGCCGGAGAACGGGAGGCUUCACCUUGACGCGGCGGAGACAUGGGUCGUUGACGAUGACUUCAAGGGUAAAGGAUCGACGGUGGCGGUUGAUUUGGAGUCGGUGGCGACUCACGAGAUUGGUCACUUGCUGGGGUUAGGACAUAGCUCGCAGGAGUCGGCGGUUAUGUACCCGAGUGUCCGGCCGAGGACAAAGAAAGUUGACCUUACGGUUGAUGACGUGGCGGGUAUACUGAAGUUGUAUGGGGCGAAUCCAAGAUUACGGUUGGAUUCACUGACGCAGUCGGAAGAUUCUCUGCAAAACGGCGCCGUAUCAGGGAGAUUCUUGUCGGGGAAUUUUACCGGUUAUGUUCUGCUGGUUGUGCUGAUUCUGUUCCUAUAGGUUUUCAGGAAAAUAUAGUUUGAAAAAGCAAAUUGUAUAAAUAUAAAAAGGUAUAGGGGAAAGGGAUGGAUAUAGUGGAAAAUGACAUUUUCCAUGGUCUAUGGGAUUAUUAUUCUUUGGUUUAUUAAUUACUUUGGGUUAAAUGUACAUCAUUAUCUCAAAAAUUGAAAGAUGAAGAUGUUUAACAUCAUUGGUCCCGUUGCUA